CAGAUACGACUUUUCGCUGCAAUCAACCGACUGUCUUCCAAAACAUCAUCGACUUCUUUAUUGGGCAUUUAUCUCACAUUCAACUUUUGCACUCGUCAGAUGAAUUUCGCUAUUUUGUGGUGUUUUGCAAACUAAAAUCCCAUUAAAUAUAGUUUUUGUCAUAGUAAAAAGUAUUUAGCAAGUGAAAGUAGAGCCUCUUUGUGUGUGUUAUCAUCAGGUGAAAAUGUCUGAGAAGAAAAAUGAAGAUCUCCAGAAGGAAGACAAGCGACAAUUGCCACCCUAUCUCAAGAAGAUUCUCGCCUGGGAUGUUGAGCUGACAAAGCGCUUCGUGAGUUUUAUGCUUAAUUUUGUCAGCGUGCGAUCCGUGAAGAAUCACGGCCGUUUCCUUGAGAUCUCAUGCCAUGGAAUCAUCAUUCUGGUUCUUUGGUUCAUCCUGACAUGGAUGAUCGACGAUCCGGAGCUUUAUGAGAUGCAGAUAAAUCUGCUGAUCGGUCUUCUGCUUGAUAUUGUGAUCAUCGCGUGCAUCAAAGCUGCCACAAGGAGACACCGUCCGAGCUUCAACGAUGAUCCGUUCAGCAUUGGACCGGACAAGUUCAGCUUCCCCUCCGGACACGCUUCGCGGGCAGUUUUCAUGGCUGCGUUCUUUACGCUGCUUUCUCCCCUGCCAAUGAUCUUCUGGCCACCGCUCGUUGCCUGGGCGACGGCUGUGUGCUUCUCGCGCCUCCUCAUGUACAGGCAUCACAUCCUGGACGUUCUGGCUGGCGCUGUUCUGGGACUGCUCGAGGCCUUCCUGCUCUCGCUUCUGUGGUGUGAUCGUGAGACGUCUCUGGGAAUCAUGAAGUGGAUCUCAGAUGACAAGUAUGUGGAGGGGCAAACAGGAAUUUGA